UCUGACUCAUUUUUAAUUUAUUAUAGUGUCUAUUACCUGUUCUUUGUUUGAUCUGACAAAUAUAUAACUCAUUUUUGUUUAGAAAAAUAACGCUUUUCGAAGUAGUAUUUUAUUAUACGUUCAUAUCAAUGAAGAUGCUUAAUAAAUAGAAAAUAAAUUUUUAAAUUAAAGGGGUACGCAAGUAGUUUUUAUACUACAAAAGGGUUAAAGUAUUUGCUGCGUGCAAAAUUCAACCAAAAUAUUUUUAAAAGAAAAACAAUGAAUAAGACAGCACACGUAAUAACUGUAAGACAAAGUAAAGGCGCUUUAUCUUCUUUAAAGAAAGUUAAACUGCCAAAAAAUGUUCUAGUUAAAAACGAAGAUGAAUUUUGGCCAUGUAUAGAAAAGAAUCAAUCUUCAGAAUUCAUGAAACUAUUUGAAGAGUUUUGUAGUUCAUGUGAAGCUAAGCAACACAUUUCCCUUGGCUUACAAUCAUGUCUACGACAAAUACAACAGGAAAAGAUUGCAUUAAAUUAUUUAAUAAUUGCUCAUGAGGUUAGUCCACGAUUUUUUGGAAGUCGUCUCAUAACAUUGGCACUUCAAAGGCACAAAGAUAUCAAAGUUAUUAUUGUUCAACAAUUAAGAAAUCUGACAAAACUUCAAUUCAAAUUUCCAAGUAUAAUUAUAUGCAUUAAACAGUGUGAGAAAUUAGAUAAAAUUGAUAAGUUUUAUGAAAAUCUUGGAAUGCAUUCAGUUAUCCUUCAACACUUUUCUGUGAUAGAAUCAGCUAAAGAUGUUUCAAUAAAAAAGAAGAAAGAUAAAAUACAUCACACAGAAGGCCCUAGCGUAAUUAUGCUUCAAAAGACGUCCAAUUCAAAUCGCAAUUUUAUUUCAAUGGAUAUUGAUGAAACUGAAUCAUCAUCAGAGAUAAUUAAGCUUCGUCAUUGUACCAAAGAACUCACAGAUUUUGUCUCAGUCAAUGAAUCGUUAACUAAUAAUAAUCAUUCAUUACACUAUCAGCCAAUGAAAAUAAGAAAGUUAGCAAUGAAUCCAAACCGUAAAAAGAAACUGAAAUUAAUAAAAUAAAAAUGAAAGUUUGUUGGCUGCUCCAACAUUUUAUGCAGGUUUUGCUGACUGAAGUGGUCUCCUAAGAAAGUGACAGUUGCUGAUCAAGAGAAACGUGACAAAAUCUAAGAAUGCUGCUGCUCAGCAUAAGGAUGAUAAUUGUCGAGAUUGCAACGACUUGAACAACAACGACUUGCUAAAAACUUCAUCUGAAACUGUAAUUUUGAAGAAUAAAGACAAAACUUUUUCCA